AUUUUAACCGAUCAUCAUUCGUGUAUAUGAAAUAGCUGCGCACACGAUUGAACAAUAACCGGGAAAGCGAUAAAAACAUGAGCCCGGGAUCCUAUCAGCCUUAACUCGUGCGCAGUUGACGAUUCUUAUAAAUUCCGGCGACGCCAAGCUAUGAAAUUCAGUUAGGUCAAGUAGAGACGAGUAACGAUGUCUCCAACCUUCCUGGGCCUCGUGUUGCUGGUACUGACGGUACAGGCCCAGCAGGACUUUGAGAUUCAGCUGCAUCCGCGUAAAGCUGGUCACGGGAGUAAAAACGACACGGCCAUAACCAUCACCAGUACCAUGACCUAUACCGCGAGAUUGAGUGCCAACAUGCUGGAAAAGCUCCGCGACAAGAUCUUUUGCGGCAAGUUUGGCGGUGAUAAAGAGUUGAGGAGAAGGGAGUCGUCGACGAUUUUGAAGGAGCAAAAGAAAAUUGCCGUUCCUUCGACUGUUUUGAAAUCCAAAGGAUACAAGACGGCCAGUUCAAAAUUGUACAAGCUAAUUCGCUCACAUCCGAAGUCCUGGAACGAGGCUAGAAAAGCUUGCAUCAACCACGGGGGGCACUUGGCUCUCGCCACGAAUAUGAGAGAGUUAGAGGUCAUACAGGGGCUGAUGAAGGACACGCAAAAGGACUCAGUCUGGAUAGGUAUUCACGACAUGUUCCUCGAGGGCAACUGGGUGACGGUACUGGAUCAAACCUUCGACGGGAACAAGUUUCUUAAAUGGAACACGAAAUCCUUUGGAUCACCUCAGCCGGAUAACGGAGGACCUGAUACGAAACAGCCUCAGAACUGCGGUUACCUGCGCGCUGCAGACAUGACUCUCGACGACUACUGGUGCAGCUCGGCCAUGCCUUACAUCUGCGAAAUUCAAAGAGACAACUGUUCCGAAUGAAUUUUUGUUGUUGAAUGACUGAAAAUGUCGAGUGUAUGCUGGUAGCGAAUAUAUGUAAGUAUAAUAAAUCGAAGCAAAAUAUUUCAGUCAGUUGCAUCGGCUAGUUCGAAAAAAAUCAAAACUUUUGCAAAAUUUUCAACAAAAAUACAUACAAGCUGCAACGUCG